UCACUUUCCCAUAAUUUUCUUUAGGAAAAACCGUGCUGUACAAGUGUGCAUAGCAACCAAUCUGUGUUCUUUGCUUCUGUGAUUUGGUUGAGUGGACGAGAGUUAGAAUUAUCUGCUAUGCUUAUACUUCCUCCGUACCACAAUACUUGUUGUUGGAAAGAAUUAGUCUAGUUCUCCCCAACAACAAGUAUUUAGGAACAGAGGGAGUAGAUGAGAAGGAGACUGUGUAAUCUUUUUAUGGGGAUUGAGCAUGAGUCAUCCUUCCAACCAAACAAUAAAAAGUGGUUAGCCAACUCUCCCCAUCCCUCACAACCAGAGGACAAAACCUGGCUAUCCCUAUGACCCUAUCCACUUGCUUAAGGAUAUCUGCAGCCAAGCCAACCUUGCCCGCGAACCAUACGCCACCAGUGUCAGGAUUUAUAAGGGUUUUGUACGCUGGUGUGAUCCUAAAUCCUAUCUCCAACUGCAGGCUUUUGAGGGAUUCUAGUGGCAGAAGAAACCUGGUGGGUGGUAUGAGUGCCGAGUCAGGCAACGGGGAGGAGGUCAGGAAGACAGGUCUGGAGGGCACCGGACUGCCCCUUCCAGGUGGCUCCCAUGGUAGUGUGCGAUGUGCUGGCAGCGACCCGCAGUUGAGGCAGAUGCUCGAUUCCCUCAGGUCCUCCAAGUCUUCCGCUGUGAUCAACUAUGGCGCCUCAUGGUGCGGUGUUUGCAGUCAGAUUCUUCCACCCUUCUGCAGAUUCAGCAACGAAUUCAAGAAUCUUACUUUCAUCUAUGCCCAUGUUGAUGAAUGCCCCGAAACAACUCAGAACAUACGAUACACCCCGACCUUCCAUUUUUACCGGGACGGAGAAAGGGUGGAUGAGAUGUUUGGUGCGGGAGAAGAGAGGCUACGGGAUAGGUUGUGGUUGCACUCGUGAUUGCCAGGCUUUGGAUUGCAGUGAUGCUGUUUUCAUGUACAACUCGUGCACUGUACCUUGGAUUUAUGUUUCUCUUGCGAGUCUUGUUUGAGAUGUGGAAAGGAAGGGCAAUGUUAAACUGAUCAGCAUUUUGCCAGUUUCUCUCCCAGGCAGAAGCCAUUAUUUUUCAUGAUUUAUUCACAAAGCAUUUUACACUGUGGAACUAUUUGACUGUAAUAAAUCAGUAAGUAAUGCUGCUAGUGAUGGAA